AUGGCCGACAAGAACGAAAACCCGGAGCUCGCGACAGAGUCAGAAGCUUCCGAGUCGGGGGGAAAUUUCAUCAACGCCUCUGGCCAUGCCCAAGAAUUGUCGCGAAACUUCAGUCUUGUUUCCCUCGCCGGUGUCGGCCUUGUCGUGGGCAAUGUAUGGCCAGCCAUCGGAGGCUCGAUAUUGGUCGCUAUCUUCAACGGCGGCCCACCCGGCGUGCUGUACGAGUUCCUCGUCGUCUCCGUCUUCUACUGGAUCGUGGCAGCAUGCAUCGCUGAACUUGCGUCUGCCAUUCCAUCUUCCGCCGGCGUCUAUCAUUGGGCCUCAGUCACUCCGGGAAAGCGAUGGGGCCGCGUUGUAGGUUUCUUCGCUGGAUGGUGGAACUGUCUCGCCUGGAUUCUGGGUGCUGCGUCCAUGACAUCAAUUUUUUCAAAUACAGUCGUUCAGAUGUAUGCCCUGAAGCAUCCGGAUUUCGUUUCUCAGCCAUGGCAUGUCUUCGUUACCUAUGUGAUCGUUACCUGGAUCGCAUGCCCAAUAGUAUGCUUCUUCAACACGGCCAUGCCGCAUCUGAAUAAUGUGGGCAUUUUCUUCGUCCUCGCUGGUUUCUUGAUCACCAUCAUCGUGGUGACUGUCAUGCCAGGCCAGGACGGUCGACCCGGCCAUGCGUCUUCGUCCUUUGUUUGGACCGAAUGGACUGCCGACAUUGGGUAUCCUAAUGGGAUGAGCAUCGGCUUCAUCACCGGCUUCUCCUAUCUGAUUGCUAUCCUGUACGCGAUCAACGACUACGAUGCUCUCUUCGACUCCCCAUACCCGAUCGCUGAGAUCUACCGACAAGCCACCGGUUCGGCCAACGGCGCCAUUGGCCUCCUUACACUCGUCCUGAUCUGCAUCGGCAUCUGCGUGUGUGGACUCUACAUUACGUGCGGUCGGACUCUAUGGGCACUUUCGCGAGAUGGGGCGACGCCCUUCCCCAAGAUCCUAGGCACGGUAUCCCAGAGACUGGGUAUGCCAUUCAAUUCGACGAUCGUGUCCGCCAUCUUGGUCACGAUCCUCGGAGCCAUCUAUGUCGGCAGCACCACCGCCUUCAACGCCUUUGUCGGAUCUUUCGUCCUGCUUUCAAGUUCCUCCUACAUUGCUGCGAUCUUGCCCCAUCUCCUGACCAAACGGCGCAACAUCCAAGUCUACGGGCCCUUCCACCUCAAAGGCGCCCUGGGCUUCGUCUUCAACUUCAUCGCCUGCGCCUACAUGAUGGUCUGGUUCGUCAUCUACUGCUUCCCGUACUACCUCCCGACCGACGCCCAGACCAUGAACUACGCCUGCCUGAUCUGGGGUGGAUUCACCAUCUUCGUCGCCGCGUGGUGGUUCCUGGGCGCCCGCAAGGGAUACCAGGGCCCGCCCAUGAUCACCGACGGCGGCAAGGUCCAUGUGGCCGACACGCUGAAGAAGGUGGACCUUCAGGCCGUGAGGAACAACAGCCUCAAGGGUGCGUAA